AUGGCUCCUGCAACCUCGGCCUCGUCGUCGGCCAAGUCCGCCGUCGACUUUGACCAGACCGUCGGCUACGACAACGGCGUCCAGCCCGUGUCGUGGAACAGGCGUGACCUCCUCACCUACGCCGUCGGCAUCGGCGCAGGCGCAGACGACCUCGACUACGUCUACGAGGCCUCGCACGACUUCCGCGCCUUCCCGACCUACCCCGUCGUCCUCGGCCUCAAGGGCACCAGCGAGGACACGACCGUGUUCAGCGAGAUGGUGGGCUCGCGCUCGGCGCUGCCCGGCUUCCCCUCGCUCCACCCGGACACGAUUGUGCACGGCGAGCAGAGCAUCGAGAUCCACAAGCCCAUCCCGCUCGUCUCGGGCGAGGGCUGGAAGCUCGCCAAGCGCAUCAGCGCCGUCCACGACAAGGGUAGCGGCCUCAUCCUCGAGACCGAGGUGACCCUCAUCAGCCCCGUCGGACACAAGCACGCCACCAUGGUCGGCUCGGCCUUUUACCGCGGCGGCGGCCAGGGCACGGGCUACAGCAAGUCGAUUAUCAAGAAGCCCGAGAGCGUCAAGGCGCCCUCGCGCUCCCCCGACUUUACGCUGUCGGAAAAGACGACGCCGCAGCAGGCGCUCCUGUACCGCCUGUCGGGCGACUACAACCCGCUGCACAUCGACCCGUCGAUUGGCCAAAAGGGCGGUCUGGGCGGCGUCAUUCUCCACGGCCUGUGCUCGUACGGCCACGCGGCGCGCGCCGUGCUCAAGGCCGUCGACGCCAAGGACGGCCAGCCCGCCGACCGCAACGGCAGCGACCGACGCGCCGAGCUCGAGGUGUUUACCGCGCGCUUCACCUCGCCCGUUCGCCCCGGCGAUGAGCUCGAGACGGCCGUGUGGAUCCUGGGCGAGAAGGCGGGCAAGCUCGAGAUUGCCUUUGACCAGACCAACAAGACCAACGGCAAAAAGACGCUCGGUGGCGGAUAUGCCCGCGUCGCCCUCAAGAAGCUCGACAGGGCUCCGUCGUCGAAGCUCUAG